AUGGCGUACCGAUUCGUCGUUGAUAGCGACAGCGACAGCAGCCCGCCAUCUACCCCGGACCGCGGCAGCACGAAACGCGGCGGCUCGGACCUCUUCCACUUCGACGACAACCCUUCCACCACGCCCGCCGGGCCGCCGCCGCCCUCCUCCGCCGCUAGCUUCACCCCCGCGGGCGCGCCGUCGGCCUCGUACCUGGGCAGCUCCAUGAUGCGCGGCGUCACGGCGCAGAAGCCCGCCAGCUUCGGCAGCCGCCUGGCGGGCAGCGGCGCGGCCAACAAGACCCUGUUUGCGCCCAAGACCAACUCGCCCCUCGGCCGCUCGAUACAGGCCUCCGCGCCGUCGGCGGCGGGCAAAGGCGGCAGGCAGCCGUCGAAGCUGAGCAAGCAGUUCGUCAUGAGCAGUGACGAGGACGAGGACCAGGAGGAGGAAGAUCAAGAAGAUGACGAGCGUGACGCCGAGGGCGACGAAGAGGACGACUAUCUGCAGCAGCUGCAGCAGGAUAUGCGGAGCGCAAAGGAUAGCGGCCCGAGAACAUUUUCUGUGCGGUACGAGGACUCUGAUGAGGCUUCUGAUGCCCAGGGCGAGGACGACCUGGGACCUUACCGACGAGAGGACGGCCUGGGUGCGGAUGCGGACGCUAUGGGCGAGGACGAUGUCGAGGGCGACCUGUGGCUCGGCCUCGACGCGGCUGCAGACGAGCCCAUGAUUGGAGACGAGUCAGAUCUCAUGAUGAUGGCCACGCCGGCAGUCAACGACCGGAUACGGAGAGAGGCUGAGGACAUCUUCCGAGCCUCGGCUAUGCGCUCGACCAACAGGCCUCCGCGAGAAUUCAAAUUUGCGCCCAUAGCCAAGGCGAUCUACGACCAGAUGGGCUACGCUACGAUCACAGAGUCACCAGAAGUUAUCAUCGAGACCGAGAACCUAGUCGGUCGCCUGUACAACGAGGGCGUGGGCCCGGAGGAGGAUGCCAACAGGAUGGACAACACGCUGGCCGGCACAUCGGCAGAGCUCGCUUCAGUAUGGCGCGCCUACGUCGAGAGCAUGCCGCGCAGGGAGGAGGAGCACUCUGCAGGUGUCGGCCCGGGCCCGAACGCCUCGGCCUUUGAGAACGCGUCUUACCUCGCUUCUCUCGCCCUGCAGGUCCAUCACACGCGCUUCGACGACGGCGGAGAGGCACGGCUGGAGCCGCUUACGGAGACCAUGUUCAGAUGGCUGGCUGAGAACCACAACCUAUAUCCCGGCCAAGUCCGCGACGUGCUCUCGCACCAGCCGGCCCCCGCAGGACAUAGUAUGUUCUGGCAGACUGUCUUCGUCGCCCUGCUGCAAGGGCGGGUCACCGACGCGCUGGACCUGCUCAGCCGCGGAGGCUGGGACCGGGUCAGGCGCGGCCACCAGGCGGCGUACACGGGCCAGGCGCUGGCCAACGUCGAGCGCGCCGUGCACGAGACGUGGGACAUGCUCAGCGGCUGCCCCGGCCGGCACGGCAACUGGGAGAUCUGGAGCAGCGACUGGAUGCUGUUCCGCAUCCGGGCCAAGGGCUUCCUGGAGCAGCUGCGGCGCUUCGCCGAGGGCCGCGACAGGGGCGGCGGCGACGCCGAGAUGUUCCGCGGGCGCAACUCGAUGGCCGGCCUGGCGCGCAAGGCCGAGAGCCAGGUCCCCUGGGAGAUCUACGAGAACCUCAACAUCAUCUUCGACAUCGUGCUGGGCGUGCGGGAGCGCAUCGUCGCCAUGGCGCAGGACUGGUGCGAGGCGACGGUCGCGCUGUUUGGCUGGUGGGACGAGGGCAGCCGGGCCCAGCAGCAGCCGCAGUUGCUGUCGCGCUCGCAGAGCCUCGUUCUGGCGUCGGAUCUGAGCAGCUCGGAGAGCUACCUCGACCGUCUGGCGCGGUCGUUCCAGGCUGCCGUCGGGGCGGGGCUGGAGCUCAACUCGAACAACCCGCUCGAGGUGGGCAUGGCGUGCGUCUUUGAGGACAACCCCAAGGGCGUGAUCGGCAUCCUGCGAGGCUGGUCUCUGCCCGUCGCGUCUGCGGUGGCCGAGAUCGCCUCGCUGGGCGGCUGGCUGCCUCCGCACCAGCCCUCGUUGAUGUUUGGCAUGGACGACCUGGACAUGGACGACCUCGAGGUCCUGGGCGUCGACCCCAAGAGCCCGGACGAGCUGGACGGCAUCAAGGACCACACGCUCGUGCAGUACGCGCAGGAGCUGGUCAACCUGGACGAGCUGGCCACGGUCACGGACAAGUCGGGCCGGACGAUGGAGGGCUGGGAGCUGGCGAUCCACGUGCUCGGGCGGAUGGAGUCGCCGGAGCGGUCCGAGGAGACGGUGGGCGAGCUGGUGCGGACGAUCCUGGAGGGCGUCGACGUGGGCAGCGGCGCGACGGUGGAGAAGGUCUGGCGGCUGCUGAACGACCUGGGCAUGAUUGCUUUUGCCGAGGAGACGGCCGAGCACUACGGCGACACGCUGGCGCAGGACUCGCACCGGUACGGCGAGGCCAUGUGGUACUACGCGCUGGCGCACCGGCCGAGCAAGGUCCGCGAGGUGAUGAACCUGCUCAUCUCGUACUCGCUCGUGCAGAGCGCGGCCUACCCCCCGGAGCCGGAGCUCGACGGCUACCUGGCGCGGCUGCUGUCGGACCGCAACGCGACGCUGCAGCGGUUCGCCAAGCAGGACCUCGAGGCGGCGGAGCUGCUGGGCAAGCUGCUCAGCGGGUACGCGACGCUGCGGCGCUUCUACGAGCUGCGCGACGACGACGACGGUAACGAUAACGACGGCGGCGGUUCGGGAGGUCCGUCGGCCUCGCUGUCGUCGAGGAGGAGCGCCGCGGCGGUGGCGCUGACGGCGGUGAUCGCGUCGAGCGGCGAUAACAUCCGCGGCGGGAUGUACGACGCCGGCAGGGGCGCCGUGGUGUCGGAGGACUUCCUGCUGGCGCUGCUGGGGGAGGCGCUCAUGUUUGUCGAUGUCGAGAGGGAGCAGCAGCCGGCGCUGACGCUCGAGCACAUCGACGUGCUGCUCAAGGCCGUCGAGGACCUGUCGUCGCUGGGCGGGUCGUCGCGCGUGCGGGCGGCGUGCGACGAGUUCCUGGGCCUGGUGCUGCAGUCGGCCAAGGGGUUGCGGGGCGCGGGGCCGGCGGACCUCGCGCGGUCGAUGCGCAAGAGCACGAGCGGGAGCUACGUCCUGGGCGGGAGCUCGAUGCUGGCGAGCCAGCUGCACCGGAGCAUCGUCGGUGGGCCUGGCGGCGGCGCUGGCGGCGGUGCGGCGGCGGCGGCGCUGAGGAGGAGGGGCUGGGACUGGAGGACGGACGAGAGGGCGGGCGUGCGGGCCGGGAUGGGCGGGGACGAGCUGCUGGCCAGGCUGAGGCUCGGUCUCGCGCGGGACCUGGGCCGGCUGUGGGUUGCUGAGGCGGAUGGGGCGAUCUGA